GUAUGACUGUUGCUGGUGGGAUGAUACAAUAUUCCGAUCCUGUCGGGGUCCGAUGAGAUGAUUCGAUACUUGUAACUACACACAGAUUGUAUUGGGGACCAAGUACAGAAAUACAGUUUAACCGUAAAUCAUAGCUGGUGCAGGGUGGUCCGAGCUCCUCUGUUGAGCUGAUUGAUUCUCCCUCGUUGGAUUCAACUGACCUGCCAACAACUCUCUUCUCUCAUUAAUUCUCUCUUCUCCCUGUUAAAAAUACUCCAUCUGCUCAGAGCGUACUUCGUCCUUCGUCAUGUUUUCUCGCUCCCUUGCCAAUGCUGCCAACCAAGCUCUUCGGAGCUCCGGCAUGAGGUCCAUCCCACGGUCCACGAGCAGAUAUGUCUCUGCUGCGUCUCUCAGGACAGCUGGUCCCCGUCUGACUGCUCCCGCGGGCAUCCGUGCUCUCCACAUGACCGGGCCCUCGACGAAAGGGCUCUCGCCCGAGACGGCGGAGCCCCAGCCCAAGGACAAUGUCUUUGCCACGCAUGUUGCCGCACCAGCGGACAUUUCGCUUGAAGAGUACCACGAGCGGUCUGAGGAGUUUCUGGACUCGUUGCUCCUGAAGCUCGAAGAGUUGGCCGAGCAGAGAGAGGACGUGGAUGUCGAGUACAGCGCUGGCGUCUUGACCCUGGCGUUCCCUCCCAAUGGCACCUACGUCCUGAACAAGCAACCCCCGAAUAAGCAAAUCUGGCUGAGCUCGCCCAUCUCCGGCCCCAAACGGUACGACUGGGUGAUCCAGGGCGAGUCCAUGCACGAAAAGGAAGGCUGCGGUGUUGGGGAAUGGAUCUACCUCCGUGACGGAAGUACCCUGUCCGACUUGCUCAAGAAGGAGCUCGGCGUGUACAUCACCGCUACGGAUCCGUCUGCUGCCUGAGCGCGGAGCAUCAGUCAUAACAACUACAGUUAUAUUGCCGGAGUUGACACGUCCACUGAGUUGACGUCUGGAGUUGAGGCGGGCAUAUUGACUUUCAAUCCUUGUAUCCCAUUUCUGAUUAUUCACACUGAGGAUGUGGUACCUCUGUUUAUGAGCGAGCAUCUAGUCUCUGCAGUCACAAAUAUAGUGUCAUUCUGUCUAUGCAAAUUCUUGUGAUAUUGACUGUCAUGUCCUCCAGCCUUAUCGAUCCAUCAGACCACGCCAUUCAGCCUCGAUGGUGCUAUCUUCAACGCUUUCUUGCAAUCCAGUAUCUUGUCUUGCUACAAGAUCUAG